AUGUUCGCCAAACCUAGGGCCAGGAAGCUGGUGGCCCCCCCUCCAUCCAAGAAGCGGAAGAUCGUCUCCGCGGUUGAAGAGGUCAACUUUGACUUCGACGCACGCGAGGAUUACCUGACUGGAUUUCACAAGCGCAAGCUGCAGCGCGUAAAAUGGGCACAGGAACAGGCGGCCAAGAAGGCGCGAGAGGAGAAGAUUGAAAUGAGGAAACAGAUUAGGGAAGAGCGGCAAAAGGGUGUCGAAGAACACGUCAAGGCCGUUAACGCCUUGCUCGAAGAGGCACAGGCGGCAGACUCGGAUAACGACCAAGAGAUUCAGGCGGAAGAUUUUGAGGAAUGGGACGGCAUAGAAGACCAGGGGCAGGAGCAGGCAGCGCAGGCAGACAUCGUGGACUACGAAGACGAGUACAUAGACGAGGAUCGAUACACUACAGUCAAGGUCGAGGCUAUAGCUGUUACACGGGACGGGCUUGAGAAGCUCCAUCGAGACAGCGACGAAGAGGCAGACAGCGAACAUGAGGACAGAGCAGAAAGGCCUCUAGGCGAUAAGGAGGCGUCGGCAGCGAAGUCUCGCAAGGAGUGGCCCAAGAAAAAGCCAAAGUUCCGCUACGAGUCGAAAUUGGAAAGGCAACUGGGCGACAGGAAGGCAAAAGCCAAGAAGAAGGCCAGGUUCAAGAAUUGA